CUGUCACAAGGAUGCCUUGGUCACUCACUCUCAGCGAGUCGCACCGCCGUUGCCGGUUUUCCUCGAUCGUCAUCAUCAUCGUCAUUGUGUGUGUCAUUAGCAACGGCCGUAGCGUUCUUGUGCCGCCGCCUAGAAGGGAGUUGCAGGUUGCUUCCACAACAACAACAACCGCUUAGCAGGCUGUGCGUCGUCGUCGUCGUCGGGUCGUUUCCUCGGCAACAACUCUGUCUGUCUGACUGACAGAACGCGCUCCUGAGCUGAUGUUUCAGUGUUGAACUUCUCGCGAUCGUGCUCGCAUCGGCUUUGGUUAGUGUCUCGUGCAGCAGCCUACUUGGAUAUCGUCAGCUUUUGCGACCUGUUGUUUGUUGCGGGUGUCGUGCGUGUCCCAGACCACUUGGAUCAACCGUGAAUACGGUCGUUUUGUUGUUGUUCUCAACCGGGGAGUGCGUUUAGUGGUUCCUGUCAAAGAGUGAGAGAAAGUGUCAGCGGUUUAACGGAUGCACGGUGAAUUUUAAUUAGCGAGAAGAGCGUGUUUUUUCGCGGCGGGAAUAUCCUGUCGUGUUUCUGCUGGUUCAAAACGUGCGAUCAAGAAGAUCAAGGUAAAGGUCAGUGUUAUUGUGGCCGACGGAAGAAAAAUAUUUGACGUGCCAAUCCGCUCUAAUUAGGGCAAGUGGAAAUUCGCGAUUGCGUCGAAGAAAGGAAAAUUUCAAGGAGAGUCGCCGCGAUAAAACGCGCGUUUUUCGAGUCGUGCCUGUGGGUGUGUGUGUGUGACGCGGUUUCAAAAAUAGUUUGUUGCCAAUGUGGUGUGGCGGCGGCUGCGGUGGUUGUCAUUAAAUUUUAAGUAAAUAGUAAAUAAUCGACCGCAACUCAGAACGCGUUUCUGUGCAAACCUGUCACAUCAACAAAGGAGCCGCGACGAUCUAGUUUCCGCUGCGGGGAACAAACCGUUGUCCUGUCAUUGACAAAGAAGGCGCGAACGCUGAAAACCGGCACAUUUUGAGGUCUCUUCACUUUCCACCACUGCAUGGCGCACUUGGAUCGCUAGUCGAGCCAAAAAAAAAUGACCAAACUCUUCGAAGACACCAGCCGGUCCGAGACGGGUCCCCUCGUGGGCGAUGGCGACACGGCCUGGACGAAGCUGCUCGCCGCGGACACGCCCAGCCCGAUUCUGGUCAAAACCGUCGUCGAUGGCGGCGGCACAAAACCGCCCAAGGACGUGACGGUUUCGAUCGAUCCGGACUCGGGCAAACCGAUAGUCACGACGCCGGGUGAUGAUGCCGCCGGAACCAACGGCCGACGCCGCGAAUCCAUCAUCGGAACAUUCCACCGGCAGCUGCGGAUGUCGCUGAAAGCCGUGAGCGAAACUCCCGGACCGUUGACAAGAUACCGUCAGACUCGGUUUUCGUCGAGGAGAAUCCGUAAGCGAGUUAUCUUCAAGCAGGGUGAUUGCAAUGUGGUCCAGGGAAAUGUGGCCAAACGGAGGCGCCGGUAUUUGCAGGACAUUUUCACCACCCUGGUCGACAUCCAGUGGCGCUGGACGCUGGUGGUGUUUGCGCUCAGCUUCAUCCUGUCCUGGCUGGGCUUCGGCACGAUCUGGUACCUGAUCUCGUACAGCCACGGCGACGUAACGGCCUACCAGCGGGGCGUCGACGAUAACUACAAACCGUGCGUAACGUACAUUUUCGGCUUCACGUCGGCGUUUCUGUUUUCGCUCGAGACGCAACACACCAUCGGGUACGGCAACCGUUACGUGACGGAGGAAUGUCCGGAAGCGGUGUUCAUCCUGGCACUGCAGAGCAUCACGGGCGUCUUCAUACAGGCAUUUAUGGUGGGCAUUGUGUUUGCGAAGCUGUCCCGGCCGAAGAAGCGCGCCCAGACGUUACUGUUUUCGCGUAACGCCGUCGUGUGCCACCGGGACGGGGUGCCCUGUUUGAUGUUCCGGGUCGGGGAUAUGCGCAAGAGUCACAUCAUUGAGGCGCACGUUACGGCGCAGAUCAUUAGGAGGAGGAUUACCAAAGAGGGAGAAAUUUUGCCGUUUUAUCAGCAAAAUAUGGAGGUCAGCUGUGAUGGCGGGGACGAUCGGUUGAUGUUUAUUUGGCCGACGAUCGUCGUGCAUAAAAUCGAUAAGGAGAGUCCGCUGUACAACCUGUCCGCGCAGGAUAUGCUGCGGGAGCGGUUCGAGAUUGUGGUUAUGUUGGAGGGCGUCGUCGAGUCCACCGGCAUGACAACGCAGGCCCGCAGCAGCUACCUGCCAUCGGAGAUCCUGUGGGGCCACCGGUUCGAGUCCGUGGUCAAGUUCAAGCGGGAAACCGGCGAGUACGAGGUGGAUUACACCACGUUCAACAACACGUACGAGGUGGAUACGCCACUUUGCAGUGCACGCCAGCUGGCGGCCGUCAAGAAGGAGCUCUGCAAGCAAACCGGAGCAGCGCUCUCCUCGUCCGACGACGAUUCCGAGUCCGGGUCCUCGUCGGAGGCCACCGAUCCGCUUCCGGUGGUGGUGGUGCGUUCCGUGCGGCAACGUCCGCCCCUGCCCAACGGUUAUGUGCAUUUCAACGUGCCGCCCGGUGACGGGGAAGAUGGCGCGGACGUGACUAACGUUACGGACGGGGGCGCGGAUUCGCCCCAGAUUGGGCAGCAGCGCAAGCAGGACCGGGCGUUCCGCAAGCUGUCCAUCAAGGAACCGUCGAUGGAUUCGCUGUGUUGAUGGUGGUGGUGGAAGGGAACUGACCGACGACAGUGAGUGCGGAGUUGCGGCCGAGGAACCACGGCUGGCGGUGGACGAUUCCGGGUCCGGAAGUGCCGCGGAAUUGUGCCGGGGCGAGGAGGAGGACGGUUGCUGAGCAAACGCGCGCGAACAAAAG